AUGUCGGCGCUCCUUUCGCUCCUGGGCUGGAGCUUUCUCCCCGGCCUCGUCACAAGCUGGACCCAAUCCCUCUACUACAGCCUCACCAUCCGCGCCGGCGACCCCCGCCCUCAACCCGGCACCCCGCGCUUCGCCGAACACCGCCGCCGCAUCCACAUCGCCGUCGUGACCCUCUACCUCGCCUACACCGUCUACGAAGCCGACUACGAGCUCCAGCGCGCCGGCUCCUUCUACACCGACCUCGGCGUGCCCCUCUCCGCCACCGACCGCGACAUCAAAUCCCGCUUCCGCCGUCUCGCGGCGCUGCACCACCCGGAUAAAGCUUCUUCGUCUCAGGCCGUAGGGGGGCAAAGAAGAGAAGAGGAUAUCAACGCCUACUUCGUCCACCUCAAAACAGCCGCCGACACCCUCACCGACCCGGCGCGACGCUUCGCCUACGAGCGCUUCGGGCCCGAUAUCCUCUCCUGGACGCGCUGCGUCACAAUACGUGACUACGUCGUGCGCGGCGCGCAAGCCGCGCUCAUACCCUACUACGUCACGGCUGCGGUGGCGAUGUAUGCGUUAGGACUGCUGGGUUACUUGGACUGGGGCCGGUAUGAGCGGUGGUUGGUGCUGGCGGUGUUGUUUGUUUUUGAGACGUAUGCGGUGACACGGCCGGGGUUGCCGGGGGUUUUGGAGAAGGUGGUGAAUCCGCUGUUGGGAUGGGGGGUGAGGUCUGGGUUGGGGGGAACAGGGAGGGCGCCGUAUUAUUUGCCGUUUCAGGCGAUUGCCCUGGCGAGGAAGUUGAGUGUUACGGUGUAUAUUGCGUUUUCGCAGAUUGGUCCGUUGCUGGCGGCGGAUACGCGGAGUGGGCAGUUGGUUAUGGGUGGUAAUGGCAAUAAUCCUGGAAAUGGCGGUGGGAAAAAGGGAGGGGAUGAUGAGAAGGCGUUGAGGGAGGCGUUGGACCGGCUGGAUGCGGUGGUUAAGCAGGUGGACAACGACGCGACGAUGCUGCUGGACACGGAGAUGGUGCCGUUUUCUGGGGACCAGGAGACACGCGGCUCGAUGUGGGUGAAGGCGAAGGAGUGGCUGGUGCAGAACACGAUUCGGUCGGAUCCGAUGGUGCGGGAUGCGCUGGGGAAGUCGUUUGCGAAGCGCAGCGUGGAGGUGCCGGUGGGGGUCAGGGAACGGGGGAGCAGAGAGCCGGAUCGGGGGGCGUAG